AUGAACGAGCUGCCGGAACCGGAGGGCGAGAACGACUCGCAGGCGCUGCAGGACCCCGUCACGGCCUUCAACAAGUCGAUCAAGGCCGAGCUCCAAGCGGCGAUGAAGGAGGUGUGGGCGCCCACGCCGGUGCGUCGCCAGAACUACGCCGAGGUGUACCGCCUCGCCACCGUACCGCUGCGCUCGGCCUACAUCCCUGGCCCCAAGUCCGGCCGCAACGCUGGUCUGGAGGCGUACAUCAGGGACCACCUGCCGUUCAUCACGCAGCAGCCCAACCAGCGCCAGGACGUGGUGCCCUCGAUCCUCGAGCACAACCUGUCGGCCUACGCCGAGGAAAAGGAGCGCGAGGAGGAGUGGAGCAAGAUCGGCGUCGACUCCGGCGUCAAC